AUGGAAAAAGAAUCUUACGCUCCCAAGUUUAGAAUUCCGAGUCCCAAACCCCCUGAUUACAAUAUUCAUAAGGUGACUGAUGUGAUCAAUUUUGGCUCUAACCAAUGGGAUUUGCGAAAGCUUGCUGGUGUUGUUCCUCCGGAUGUGAUUGAAGCUAUUUCAUCUAUUUUACCCAUCCCUUUGAUUUAUAGACCUGAUCAACUGGUGUGGCACUUUAAUUCCAAUGGAGAUUACUCAGUCAAAUCUGGUUACCAUAUAGGGGUAGCUCAUAAUUCGGUGCUAAUUAGUUUACUGAAGGAGAAACCUUUGUCUUCUUUUCAACCAAACAAGGGAUUAUGGAAAGUUGUGUGGAGUAUGAAGGUGGUGAACAAGGUCGAGAGUUUUUGGUGGAGAGAGCGUGUAACAAUAUUCUGGCGACCAAGGAAAAUUUACUCAAACGUAGGUGCAACACCUCCAACUUAUGCCCCAUUUGUGAGAAAGGAAGUGGAAAUGGUGGAACACACUUUGUUUUUCUACUCUUGGGUGAGGCCAGUCUGGUUUGGGUGCAACAUUCAGGUUCUUGGGGAUUUAGGGGGCAAUUCCUCUACGGUGAAGUGGGCUUCUGAAAUAGUGGACUCCCUCACGGAAGGACGAUAUUCAAAGGUUAAUCCGGUGACCACUCUGGCAGCAAUCAAUCAUGGUAGCAUGGAGUUUUCAAAACUUUUAGUGAGAAGUUCAGUCCAAAUGGAUAACCCUAUUGAUCAAGGGGCUACAACCACCUGGAGGGCUCCGGACUUUGGGAAAUUUAAAGUCAACUGUGACGUUGCUAUUCCUCCUAAUAGUAGUAGUAGCACAAUGGCAGUGGUUUUAAGGAAUUGGAGAGGAGAAGUCUUGGAUGGUUUUGCAAGGAAAGUGUAUGCUCGCACAAGUUUGAGGGGAGAACUUCUUGCCAUUCAAGCAGUGUGCGAGUUAGCAGUUAGUUUGGGCAUUAAAGGCGUAGAAAUGGAAUCAGACAACGAGAACGAGAAGGCCAUCUCCCUCAGUGUUUCAGAAUUGGUGCCACCUUGGGACUCUAGAGCAGUGAUUAUGGACAUUCAGUAG